AUGAAAGAGUUUUACAACUACAAGCACUCAUCCUUACGGAUGGUUAUUGAGUGGUCUUUUGGAGUGCUGAUGGCCCGUUUUCCCAUUCUGAAUUUAAUGCCAAACUUUAAGCCAAUUAGGCAGCAUUGUGUGAUUAUUGUGUGCUGUGCUUUACACAAUUUCAUACGCAUGAACAAUCGAAAUGAUGAAUUGUUCAAAACAUUAGGGGAGAGUGUUGGUGAAGGUAGUGUGACCAAUAGCGAAGGCAAUGGCGAUGCUGGAGCGUCAACAAGUUCAGCGACCCAAAGGCAUGUACUAGAAAUGUCAAGUGCAUCGAAGAGAGCGAUGGGCCAAUUUAGGGAAAAUAUCACUGACACAAUAUGGGAUGAUUAUGUUGCCCGUGGCAAUGUGAGAUGA